CGCACCACUUCCAUCCUUUCCUCAACCUUCCGCGGUACUGUGAGACGCGAAACAUGAUGAUCAUUCAACUCCUUCGAAACAGGACACGCGUAGACUGACAACUCUGGGAUUCGGCUUAAGCUCGGUGUGUCAGGGACAUCUUUGUUCGAUGAUCAUUGCAUUGUGGUCCCUGGCUGGAAAUGAUAUUCUCGGAGCAUGCAUGAGGGCCAGGUAUCUUUAAGCUGAGGAGUACCUUUCCCCUCCGUCUCCUCUCAUCAAGCCCCCAUGUCUGUGGGGGCACUCACGCCCGACGAACUCGAGCACCUUUACGGUUGUAUCAGAUACGGUCGGAUGGGAAAUGGCAUGCUUUUUGCAUGCGCUGCGCUUUUUCUAUUCGACUUUUGUCUGACCUUUUACGACGAGUUACGGUUUAUUUGGAAGCCCCGGCGCAUCACUCUGACCUCUGUGUCAUAUCUAUUGUCCCGGUAUCCAGUUCUAGCAACGACGAUCUUGAUACUACUGCCCUCUUACACCAUACAAGAAGGAAAUGAAACACUUCUACUAUCUCAAAUUGCUAUAGUACUUCGUCUAGCUUCCAUCGUUUCUUCGGAAUUCAUCCUCGCCGUACGCACUUGGGCCAUAUGGGAAAAGAGUCGACGGAUUUUGAUGAUUUUGACUGUAUUUUCUGUGGCCGCCGUGGUCCCGGCGGCAGUAGUCAUCGCAAAGGACGUAUCAACCUCUGAAGUCGAUCCAGUCUAUGCGGCUUACCCCGAAUGCAGAGCCCUAAUAAGCACUGUACGUGAUGCCUACGUGGUUCCGUAUGUGUUAACCAUCUUGUACGAGGGUGUGACACUUUCGUUAUCCCUGAUUCGUAUAACCCGGUGGCGGCGGAGGAUACCAAAAAACGUUCGAGCACCAUUAUUAGACACGUUAUGGAGGGACGGCGUGUUCUACUUUUCGUGGACCUUGAUGCUAGGGUUCUUGAACAUAGGGUUAGCCGUGCAGUCCACAUCCUCGCAGGUCCGAGUGGGAGGGUCUCAACUCCAGGCAAUCAUACACAGCAUAUUGUCCUGUCGUAUCGUCCUUCACUUGGCAGGAUCGAAAUCCCCGAAAGAUAUCGAUACCUCCGGUUGUUCGUUGUACACUGAUGCCGCUAUCCAGUUCACAACACGAGGACUCAUUGAAGACAUACCUCUGUCUGAGCCGAGCCAUCGUGAAGCGAGAGAUGUGGAUAGUCGAGAUGUGGAAGCGGCCACUCCAGCCCCCAGAAUGGGCUAAAGUGAAGAAUAUAUGAUAAGCAUCCUACAUCUCAGUGUAUCAAUAGUAUUCUUAUAGUAUCACAGUUGUUUCUUUUACUUUAACUAGUACCACGCUGUCAUCAUGUCCAGUUCUUUGGUUUCGUAUUAUAUAUGAGGAUACGUAUACCGUUUCGCUGACUCUGGAUUGAUCUCACAUCAGACUAAAAUACAACACGUCAAAAAUCGAAGCGAAGAUAUUCCUGUACGUUCACAAAUCUCCUUCAAUACCGGAAACGCUAGGAACCUGAUGAA